UUAAACAAUGGUAAAUUCUUCUGAAUAAACUACAUUAGAUACAAUUACGAGCGCGUUUUUUUAUUUUAAUCACUUCAUAAUUUACCAAUUUGUAAUUCAUAGUUGGUUUUUUGAUGAAGCGUUACGUAUUGUGAUCGGUGCAAAUAUACAUACAUAAGUACAUAUGUGAAAAGUGUCUUUGUUUACAAUACAAAAAUGCAACUGCAAAUUGAAUAAAUACAAUGCUCACUAUUUGUAUGAGAAGUUGCUUUUAAAAAUCAGAAGGAAGAAGAUUUUAGCAAUUUUUACACUACUCUUUCCUAAUACCUUUUCCUGCAUAUUUAUAUGCAGGCAUACAUAGAUUAAAUAAUAGUGCUUCAAAAUUUAUUCGCCAACGACUUUUGACGCCUCCCGGGCGUUUAAGCUCGAGGAGGAUUUCGUAGGAAGUUGUGUUACAAUGUCAAUGUAUUCAACGACGGAUAAAAUGAAAAUGUCGGCUCCUACGUGUUUUCCUGGUCGAUAUAGCCCGACCUAUAGGGGCCCUGAUCAAAUGAGGAGAUGUAUGCCAAACCCUUCUACCCGUAUUUUAGAAGAUGCUUCCCUUUUAUGCAAUUCUUGGUCAGCUCGCCAGAACGGUGAUAUAUUUGCCGGAAUAAAUGAUGGGAUACUUAGCAGAGCGGAAGCUCUCGCGGCAGUGGAUAUGGGUAAACAUCAAGCCACACAUCAUCACAGUCAAAUGCCGGCUCAAAUCAAGCAUGAUGUUAUGUAUCACCAUCAUAGCAUGGCUGGACCGCCCCAACGACCACUUCAGAUGCAUCAUUCGAUGGACCAAUUGGAAAUGUUGGACCCAACGGGACCAAUGACAACGUUAGCGCCCAUGUCAGAGACGUCAUUGACACCAACUCAUCAACAUUUGCAUGGUUCUUACCACAGUAUGAACCAUAUGAUAAGUCAUCAUCAUCCAGGCGCUCUAAGUGGGCAUUCUUCGAAUCAUGGACACUCUGCAAUACAUCACCCCGUUAUAUCAGCGGCAGUAGCUGCGGCGGGUCUGCAUCCAGACACUGAUACGGAUCCUAGAGAAUUAGAAGCAUUCGCAGAAAGAUUUAAACAACGAAGAAUAAAGUUAGGCGUAACGCAAGCUGAUGUAGGUAAAGCUUUAGCGAAUUUAAAGUUACCUGGAGUGGGGGCACUUUCUCAAAGUACGAUUUGCCGAUUCGAGAGUCUCACUCUGUCUCACAACAACAUGAUUGCGUUGAAACCAAUACUACAGGCGUGGCUAGAAGAAGCGGAGGCGCAAGCGAAAAACAAACGAAGGGAUCCUGACGCCCCCAGCGUACUUCCAGCUGGUGAAAAGAAAAGGACUUCCAUUGCGGCGCCUGAAAAACGUUCCCUGGAAGCUUAUUUUGCCGUGCAGCCAAGGCCCUCUGGUGAGAAAAUUGCUGCUAUUGCUGAGAAAUUGGACUUGAAGAAAAACGUGGUGCGUGUCUGGUUCUGCAACCAAAGGCAAAAACAAAAACGUAUAGUUAGUAGUGUUACUCCCUCAAUGACUGGGCAUGGAUCGGCGGGGUUUGGAUACUGAUAGUCGUUUUUUUCUGGAGACUUUUACCUGUAGAUCUGCCGCAACACUGCGAUGAAACAUAUUCUUUGAGGAAAAUCAUUGCAAUCAACGAGAGAAUAUUUGGAGCAAUCAUAUAAAAAUUUAACAGGGUUGAUUCUAUUCUUUUAUUGAAGAAUUAAUAUUCCUCAGAUGUAGACCAUAGAUUUCAAAGACGUGAGAGAUGUGGUAGUUUACGAAACCGAAAAUCCUGUGGAUAAUUGUCGUGGUUCUUAUGCUUCCUUUAAAGUAAUUCAAUAUAAGAAAUACAUACAUACCAUGCAACGAAUUUAGUUGUUGCCAAAUAUUUAGAUGUACAUACAUAUAUAACUAGUUUUGUAUUUACGUAGAAUUAAAUUGACUAAACAAAUUGUAAUAUUUCGAAAUUAUUUGUAAAUAGAUAUGCAAGUACAUAUUUACUUGGAUAUAUUA